UAGUUUUCAACACUAUCGCCCUCGUUUUUUUAACAUUAUAAGGUCACUGGUGUUUACUAUCUCGAGUAAAACCUCUUGAGAGGGUAAGGUUAUAGUACAAGGUUAUGAUGGAAUUCUUUAACUGCAUGCGGGACCUUGCUAAUAAGCUUCGCGAAUGCACUACAUCUCGUAGGUUACCCCGAAUUGCAAUCCAUCACUGCCCGUCUAAUGGUCAAUAGAUCCUCAUGGUUCGAGCUCCAGUGACGAUUUGAGCAAGAAACUCAAAGAACUCAAUUCAUACUUGUCGAUAAUCUGUGUGCGUUUUGGUGGUGUUCAUAAUAGCCCGAGCCAGGAUAGCAAUAAUAUUUCAUCCGAAGGCCUAUCUCGCAUUUUGAUUAGUAUUCACAGCAAGCUGGAAGCUGUAUUAAACGAAAUAGAUGAGCAAUUUAGGAGAAAUUGUCCGUCUGGUGACAUUGUCUAUAUCUGGAGAUCAGAAAUUUUGGGUCCUGUUUUAAAAUCUAUAGAUAUCGAGAACCAGAAACUGAAGGUGUUGAUCGAUACCUUUGACCCGUAAGUUUCUAUGCUACUGGCUAAAGAAGUUUGUCACAGACUAAUUGUUUCCUUAGAGAUGCAGAUGAUGAAAAUUCAAUCCUUUUGGAAACGAGAAACCAGAGAUCCCAAAAGAUUGACCAAUAUUUCGAAGCAGAAUUACAGAGAUGGGGCCUGGGAGUAAGUCAACCCGGCCGCCACGACAAUAAAUUUAAAUGGAAUCAACUGAAUGACAAAGAUUAUUUGAACCGCAUUUUUCAAAAUACACUUUGCAAUGCUCUUUCCGGAUCCUGGGAAACUUAUAUUCAUUGUUUUACUCUGAAUUUACAAAUUGCACGAGAGCAUCGUGAACCUCCCGGCCGAUGGAUACAUCUUGUGAUUUGCUCGUAUUAUUUGAUGUCCGCUCGAGACUCUCAAGAGUAUAGCACUUCUUUCGAAGACCCGCAAGACUCAGAUAUCAGAGAGACAGGCUUUACUCUAGAUCAUUAUGUAACACAGCUGGAAAUUGUGAGUGGGAGCCCGUUAUUUCUCAUCGGCCUUGAUUGACCACUCAUAGCUUCUGUUUCACAACCUCACAGUACUAGAAACGCAGUACCUCGACCCUAAUUUUGUCGAGGAAAGAACAAAAAUAAACGCUUUGCUUCUGUCAAUGCCACGAAUCCCGCAAUCUCCACCCAUUCUACAAGACCAUCAUGAAAGUAUCUCAACCGCGCCAACUGUGUCCUUGGAAGAAAAUGAGUAUGGGGUCCUUUUUGAAUGGUAUAACAAAAACAACAAUUUUAAUUCAGUUCAAAGAUCAGCACUAACAUCUUGCAGUAAACUUGCUGAUCUGCAAAAAGAGUACGCACUUAAACUCCGAAUAGAUGCGAAAGGUGAGUUGACUUUAGACUUUGAUGGACCGCCUGAUUGGCCUGAGAGCCUUCAGAAAUUCCGAGGAUUGUAAGUCUACACAACAACAUGGCUGACGCUAUGAAAUCUAAUAAUUCUUGAUAGAGAUCUCAGAAAAGCUUCAAUUCGCCCAAAAUAUCCUCUUGAGAAAUUUUAUAGGUGCGAUUUGAUCAUAAAAAGAGGACACUCGCGGGGGACUGAUGCCACUGAUGGUCAUUUAAUUUUCCAGAGCUCCACCCAUUGGAUGCAAUUUCAAAACGCUUUAACAGGAUACAAUGUCUUCGUAGAAUUGUUUGUUGCAGCAACCUCCGACAGUCUUUGAUACUUACUAAUUGUUCUUUAGCAAACAUGGCAUCAGGCUCCGCAUACUUCGAAAUUUUGGAUCGAUAAGAAAGGAUAAUAUCCUCGGCGGGUUACAGAUUUGGCUCAAAGGCUCUGACAAGGAUAAAGAAUUCAUUCGAAUUGAGAGCAAACCUCCUCUUCAAGGGGCAUCGAUAUCGAUAUCAUCCUCGGCUACGAGCAGAACUACCUUUGCUUCCAUGUUCAUGUUGAAGGCUAAGGAAGUUAUUAGUCGUUCACAUCUUAUUCCUAUUGACGAAGGCAUUUGUUUCAGAAUAGAAAAGCCAGUCGCUCCACUCGUCGUUAUGUUUGUAGAGUCAGUGUCAGAAGGUAAGGAGAUCAAACCAGGACAGAUCUUGACCUUCAAGUGUAAGGGAACAAAUCCACAUUUUCAGGCAUAACUGAAACUGUCGUAGUAAAAGCGAAUUCUAGGCUUGGAAAGGAGAAUUGCACGUCUGACAACGAAAAUCUUCGCUGUUUCUUGCAUAAUGUUAUUCUUUGCGAUCUCGAAAUUGGACGACCUUUGAAACUUCCACAAGAGAGGAAACGUAUCUGUUGGAUUGAGAUAUCUUUUACAAAGCCUGAAGGUGAAUUUCUCUUCAAUGAUAAUUUAUAUGUCAAAUGCUAAAUAGCGUAUAGAGCUAAAUGUUUUUACCGAAGAGCUUGAAUUGGCCAGAAGGAUAUACUAUAGCCGUAUAGCAGAGCAUAAUAGUGAGGUGCAAUUCUUCCACCAAUAGCACCACAAUACCAAAUAGUACGGCGUCGAUUAAUAGUUCUAACAAUGCAUAAUUCUCACGACCGACGGAAAACUGUGACAAACCAUCUAACAGUUGGUGCUUCAUGUGUCAAUUUUCUGGCUCAAAAUCAUGCUGCACACCAUGCCUACUAUAACUUUCAAUAUUGGAGAUUCCUGCAUCGCGUCUCGUCCGUGUGUAUUAUAGUUUCUCCUCACAUAUACUUAAAUAUUACCGCCUCAAAUUUAUCUUUACAAAGAAAUGUUUAAAGAUGCCUCGCUCGUGCCCGCUUUGCUCACGUCCCGUUCUCGCUCUCCCAGAUUAUCGACCAUUACUCUAAUUUUAUUCUUAACAUCUUUAUAAAUUACGUUGGAUUCUUCAUCAUAUUUUACCAUGCCGGAAUGGUCUGCGUGAACUACUAGGCUCUUGGCACCUUGUAUCCCCAUACUAGGUACCAUGACACGAUCUUGAAGGU